CUGUGUCGCUUCCUUCCUGGGCUCCUCCCGCUCCCUCGGUUGCACCUGCGACCGGGUGAGCGCCGCCGCCCAGAUCAGGGAGGUGCUACACACCUGUUUGGUACAUCUUGGUAUACCUGUUUGAUGAUUUCCUCCAUGUUCCUGGAAAAUCAAGUGUUGGAUCAAGUGACAACGAGAGACUGGGUGACAGGAGCGAUUCGGCUGCGCUCCACACUGGAGAGCUUACCGGUAGAAGAAUUAAUUCCUAAGAGUCUGAAAUGUUGCAGAAUGGCCAAAGAGGAGACCCCAAGUAUCUCCAAGGACUUGCAGGAGUUGUGGAGGAAGCUGUCUUUGCUCAUAGACUCUGUCCAGAAUAACUCAAAGAUCCUCAUCCAUGGUCCUUGGGAUGGAUUUGGGCUACGUGACGUCCUGGCCACCGACUCCCAGGACGAUGGGGCACAUUAUCAGUCGGCUAAGUCCCGAGGUGGUUGCCUUUAUGAAGUCUCCAGUGGGUCAGUACCUGGACAAGCACCCUUUUGUAGCCCUCACUUUGCUGGUGUUCGUGGUGGUGUCAGCGGUUCCGGUUGGGUUCUUCCUGCUCCUUGUGGUACUUACCUCCCUGGCUGCGUUUGUGGGAGUCAUAUUACUGGAAGGACUGGUCAUCUCCGUGGGCGGCCUCUCCCUGUUCUGUGUCCUCUGUGGCUUGGGCUUCGUGUCACUCGCCAUUUCAGGGACCAUCAUCGUGUGCUACGUGGUGGUUUCCAGCCUCAUCAACCACUGGUUUUCUUCCGGACCACUGAUACCAGACUCCAGCGGGGACUGCCAACUGACUGUGAAGCCCGCGGGCUUGGAGGGGCGCUACCAGGAAUGAGCAGACGGCGGAGCUGCAGCUUUCCUCCCGGCAUCUCCGGAGGCUGGGAUCACACAUGCCUUUGGGGUUGUGACUCGGAGGGCACUAGGUGGUCAAGCACUCCUUGGGGGGGUGUCCCGGGCUUUUUCACUUGUGAGUAGGGUCCUGCGGUAGCCACUUGAGAACCUCCCAGGCUCGGCCGCGCCUCCCGCCUCUCCCCUUCUCCCCAGUGAUGCAGACUGGAUCCUGGCAGGGCCCUAAGCCUGGCGACAUGACCCCAAGGUCGACUUGACACAGGAUCUUGUAUCCAAGGGCCCAAUUUGGGGUAAUUGAGGAUUUUUCUUUCUUUUUUUAAGAAAUGAAAGAAGCUGUUUAUUUCUCCACUCAUUUGAAACAAGAGUGGGGGUGGGAAACAUCCAAAACAUAACCAGCUCUUCUGUUUUAUUAGCCUUUUAUCAGAAAGAGCAGCAGUAUUGGACAAUAAUGGACUCUCAAAGUUGGAAAACAGAGUCCAAACUCAAUUUUAUAGUCGAGCAUUUUUGAGGAAGUCUGUAGGAGUAGCACCCACUGCUGAGUCCUGUUAAGCUAUUACUCUUUGCACUUGAUACUUUGUAUUUUGUUAAGGAACUUGCCCUGUUAAGCCACUUAGAAAAGUUCUGUGAACAUACUAAAGGGCUACAGAAAUUUAAAAAAUCCUGUGGUAUUUCUACUUAAGUGGUUUAUUUGCUGUGGUAUUUUAUUCAAUAAAUACUUGUUUAGAUGAGCUUUUUUUCUGUCUACAUUCUUAUUUAAUGUAUCACAAAAAUAUAUAUUUUAGAGAGUAAGGAAAAUGACCAAGGGUGAAAUGAAGCAUGUCUUCAAUACGGACGGUCAGUAUCAGGUGGUGACGACAGAAAAGUCAUAGUGUGGGGACAAAACCUGGAGCCAGCGAUAGCUCCAUUCAGUAAGAAAUCACGUGCUCUGACAGGAAGACAAGUAGCAAACCAUGAAUUGUCCUCUGAACAGCAGGCCAAAGGGCAGGAACUGGAGAUGGAGAGAAUUACAAAGAGGAGAGACAAAGAUAAACAUUCCUCAAGCUACCCAGUUCCUUUGCUGAAAUGGAAGGAAUAUGGGUCAGCCUCAGGCUCUCACUUUUAGGUGGACUUGGACAUGCUGGGCCGUAGGGUCACUGGUGCCUGAUGAAGCAGCCAUCCGAGCUGUCCAGUCAGUGGUGUCUGUUUUAUCAUCUUUAGUUAAUGUUCGCUUUUGACCAUCUCCAUAGACAUCGCCAACAGCUCCUUUGGUAUUGCCAUCUCUUACUCUGUGACACCCACAUUAUUGUGUAUAAAAAUGUGACCAACUUCUGGAUGUUGAUUUUGUAUUCUGCUACUUUGCCGAAUUCAUUUAUUAAAUCAAUUACUUUUUUGGUGGAGUCUUCAGGGUUUUCU